AUGGCUAAGUGUGAGUUUUAUUGUGAGGCAAAGUAUGGGACUAAGUAUGGGACUAAGUAUGGGACUAAGUGUGAGGCUUUGUGUGAGGCUAAGUUUGAGACUAAGUGUGAGACUAAGUGUGAGGCUAAGUGUGAGGCUAAGUGUGAGGGUAAGUGUGAGACUAAGUGUGAGACUAAGUGUGAGACUAAGUGUGAGACUAAGUGUGAGGCUAAGUGUGAGACUAAGUGUGAGACUAAGUGUGAGACUAAGUGUGAGGGUAAGUGUGAGGGUAAGUGUGAGACUAAGUAUGAGACUAAGUGUGAGACUAAGUGUGAGACUAAGUGUGAGGGUAAGUGUGAGACUAAGUGUGAGACUAAGUGUGAGACUAAGUGUGAGACUAAGUGUGAGACUAAGUGUGAGGGUAAGUGUGAGACUAAGUAUGGGACUAAGUGUGAGACUAAGUGUGAGGCUAAGUGUGAGACUAAGUGUGAGACUAAGUGUGAGGGUAAGUGUGAGGGUAAGUGUGAGGGUAAGUUUGAGACUAAGUGUGAGGCUAAGUGUGAGACUAAGUGUGAGGCUAAGUGUGAGGCUAAGUGUGAGGGUAAGUUUGAGGCUAAGUGUGAGGCUAAGUGUGAGACUAAGUGUGAGGCUAAGUGUGAGGCUAAGUGUGAGGGUAAGUGUGAGGGUAAGUGUGAGGGUAAGUGUGAGGGUAAGUUUGAGGCUAAGUGUGAGGCUAAGUGUGAGACUAAGUGUGAGGCUAAGUGUGAGACUAAGUGUGAGGCUAAGUGUGAGGGUAAGUGUGAGACUAAGUGUGAGGCUAAGUGUGAGGGUAAGUGUGAGGGUAAGUGUGAGACUAAGUGUGAGGCUAAGUGUGAGGCUAAGUGUGAGACUAAGUGUGAGGCUAAGUGUGAGGGUAAGUGUGAGGGUAAGUGUGAGUUUGAGGGUAAGUGUGAGGGUAAGUUUGAGGCUAAGUGUGAGGCUAAGUGUGAGACUAAGUGUGAGGCUAAGUGUGAGGGUAAGUGUGAGGGUAAGUGUGAGGGUAAGUUUGAGGCUAAGUGUGAGGCUAAGUGUGAGACUAAGUGUGAGGCUAAGUGUGAGGCUAAGUGUGAGGCUAAGUGUGAGGCUAAGUGUGAGGGUAAGUGUGAGGGUAAGUGUGAGGGUAAGUGUGAGGGUAAGUGUGAGACUAAGUGUGAGACUAAGUGUGAGACUAAGUGUGAGGCUAAGUGUGAGGCUAAGUGUGAGGGUAAGUUUGAGGCUAAGUGUGAGGCUAAGCAGUGA